ACCUGAAGGCAGCACCCCCAGUUUAGUCAGUCAGCAGCAGAGAGUCGCAGCCAGUGUGGCAGCUGGGAAUGUGGGGCUUUCAACAGACCGCUAUUUUCAGAGCUGGGAAACCGAGCGGGGCUGGCCAAGGAAGACACUUCUUUGCCCGCAACUGUAGCCUACUUUAGCCAGCACACUGGCUUAAUUUGAAGUCCAAACGGGCGACCUGCGUUUUCUGUCCAGGGGAGUCGGUGUUUUCGGACCGCAUCAGACGGUCAACGGACAGCCGCUGGUGUCUCUGCGGGGCUGCAUGCUAGAGGGGAACCAGCCGGAGCUUACACUUUACCUUCUUCCUGGUGUGUCUUUAACAAUGCACUAAAGUGUCCCUUGUUCAGUAUAAUCUGUACCUGUCCCGGUGUGAAACGCUUGGUUAAAUGUGUCUGUUUUACCACUACCAAAGCACUCACACUCGAUGGAUGGACUGAAAUCUGCGGCUGGGGUGAGCGACACACAACCUGCCGCGAUUUCCUGCAUGUAAAUAAAUAAAUGAUAGAGGAUACGAUGACCCUGCUGUCUUUAUUAGGUCGGAUCAUGCGUUAUUUUCUGCUCAGACCGGAGACCUUGUUCCUCCUGUGUAUCAGCCUGGCUCUAUGGAGUUACUUCUUUCACACGGACGAAGUGAAGACCAUCGUCAAGUCCAGCCGGGAUGCGGUCAAGAUGGUCAAGGGGAAAGUGGCGGAGAUGAUGCAGAACGAGCGGUUUGGUGGGCUGGACGUCCUGGACGCGGAGUUCUCCAAGACCUGGGAGUUCAAGAGCAACAACGUGGCCGUGUACUCCAUCCAAGGCCGGCGAGACCACAUGGAGGACAGGUUCGAGGUGCUCACCGACGUCGUCAACAAGAGUCACCCGUCUAUUUUCGGGAUUUUUGAUGGCCAUGGAGGAGAGGCUGCUGCUGACUUUGCCAAGGCCCACCUGCCUGAGGCGCUCCGCCAGCAGCUACUGACCUACGAACGGGAGAGAGAGCGAGACAGGGAAAAAGACAAGGAGAAAGAUGAAAAAAAGGAGAAGGGCGGCCUGUCCUAUCCCUCCAUACUUGAGCAGCAGAUCCUGAAUUUGGACAGGGAAAUGCUGGACAAGCUCUCAGCCACCUUCAAUGAAGCAGGUACUACAUGUCUGGUGGCCCUGCUGUCUGAUAAGGAGUUGACGGUGGCCAACGUUGGAGAUUCGCGUGGAGUUCUUUGCGAUAAAGACGGCAACGCCAUUCCUCUGUCACAUGACCACAAACCUUACCAACUCAAAGAACGCAAGAGGAUCAAGAAGGCUGGUGGGUUCAUCAGCUUCAACGGCUCGUGGCGUGUCCAGGGCAUCUUGGCCAUGUCCCGUUCCCUGGGCGAUUACCCCCUGAAGAACCUCAACGUGGUUAUUCCUGAUCCUGACAUCAUGUCGUUUGACCUGAACAAGCUGCAGCCGGAGUUCAUGAUCCUGGCGUCGGACGGCCUGUGGGACACCUUCAGCAACGAGGAAGCGGUUCGCUUCAUCAGGGAACGACUGGACGAGCCUCAUUUCGGGGCCAAGAGCAUUGUCCUCCAGUCUUUCUAUCGCGGUUGCACUGACAACAUCACCGUCAUGGUGGUCAAGUUUAAAGGCAAGCCCAGCGAGCAGUAGGCCACGCGUCUGCCACACACAGUAUCUAUAUUAUAUUUGAAUAUAAGUAAGAAUAAGAUUAGGAUGAAAGAUUUAAAAACUGAGCCCGCAACUUUUUGAGCGAGAACUAUUUCUAUCACUGAUAUUUACUGAAGUUAGCCCUUCAAAUCAUAAAACUACGUCACGUCCCACCCCUUUUUACUUUUACUGCUGACAAAGUGACACUUCCGAAAACUUCUUUCAUUUAGGCUUAGCAGUUCUUGUGCAGACACCGUAAUGGAAGAUGGGUCCCUGUUAUGCAAAUAAACAGAUUUAGAAUUGUGCAAUUUUGGGCCUGCUCAUUAGUCUGAACACGUGUGUGUGUGUGUGUGUGUGUGUGUGUGUGUGUGUGUGUGUGUGUGUGUGUGUGUGUGUGUGUGUGUGUGUGUGUGUGUGUGUGUGUGUGUGUGUGUGUGUGUGUGUGUGUGUGUGUGUGUGUGUGUGUGUGUGUGUGUGUGUGUGUGAGAGAGAACCUAUUCAUUGUAGUAAUGAUAGAUUUAAAGGAUACAAGCUGGCAUGGACACUUCCACAUUAUUUCAAAGUUGGUGUCCUUCACUAAAAGUCUGUGUGACCACUAAUUUUUAUAUUUUUAGUUUCUUAACUUUGUGUUUCUUCAUCAUUAAAUUGUAAACUGACGUCCACCGAGCAACUGCACUGAAAAGAUUAUUUUUCCCCCCGAAUCAAAUACAUCAUAAAUAAUGUUUUUUUUCCCUUUACACAUGAACAACACAAAUUUGAAUAUGCAUAUGUUUGUUCAAAUAUCAGCAUUGAUAUUGUACAGCAAUAGAAUGAAUUACAAUGGCCGUAUCACACUUACUGAACGUGUGAAUUCUGUGUUUUGUUUCAGAAGUUUAGAUGUUGAAUGUCCUAGUUUAUGUAAUAUGAUUGCUUUUAGUUUCUGUGCUGAUUAAGUCUCAUUUAUAUUUUGAUUGUUGAUAAAGGUAAAUAUUUUUUUGUUAAAGCUUGGACUCUAGUUCUAUCCCCAUCUUAUCUGAAUCAGUGGAACUACUAAUAAUGUAAUAACUGUUGGAUAAUGCAGCUGUUGUCAAACAAUAUAUCACUUUAAAUGUGAUAAAAAUGUAAUAUGAUUUUAAGCAAUACCUGGUGGUGACAGUGUUGUAACAUCUCGCUGUGACUCUGCUGUACCUGCUAAUUAUUACUUUACAAAGUUUGUCACAAGAUCUGAUAAUUUAAAAACUUUAAAUGUUAAUUGAAACAUGUAAGAAGAAGGUAAUAAAUGAGUUAUGACAUAAAAUAACUUACAUGAUUGGCAGUCAUGAUUUUAUAAUUACUUAGGAAUUUAGACUUUAAGCUUUACAACCCUUCUAAUAUGUUUCUUUUUUACAUACUGAUAUACUACUCCUUAUCUGACUGUUCUUACAUUAUCAGUGACUACAAGCUUCAUGAGAUAUAAAUGUUCUGAAAUUGACAAUUUACUGUUACAAUGUCAUCUGUUAAUGACCUGUAAUCUUCAUCCUGAUAAAGAUCAAAUAUCACAUUUUGCUGAAAUGUAUUUAAAAACAUAACAAGCCUAUGAAUGAAAUGCGUUGUUGCCUUAUUUUUGUACUGUUCAUUUCCUGUUACGAAAUCUGCUGCCAACUACUUCUGGUGGCUUUUUUUUUUUUUUAAUGUAAUGCAGUCGAUCAUGCCAGGCACACUGCACGACCUCGGUGUCAUACCUCGUUAACUCACAUAUGGAUUAGCAUUGAAAGAAAUGUCUCCAAGAGACAUGAAAUUGUAAGAUGAAUGUACAUACUGUCCUCGUGUUAGUAUCACCUCUCCACUGUUUUUACAGCAAUGAAGAAAGCUGUGUACCUGUUCCUGGAUUGUUUAACUUCAGAGAUA